AAUAACUACAUUGACCUCUUCAGCGAGUUGAACAAGUCGAAUGUGAGAAUCCUUGAUGAGGCGAGACUUGUUCCUCCGCCGCACUGUGAGAAUAGCUCGAUAUCUGUUGCAGGCCGGAAAUUCCUGGUGGAACGAAUGGCUCCACCCGACCAGGAUCCAACGGAACGCUGGGUGGCACUGUUCAUUGUGGCUCAAUUCGAAACACGUCUUUUGCUGUGUCUGUUUAGUUUUCACAUGCCUCACCUGUUCACUCAUUGCGAUUUUUAUCCUCUGGACUUGGGCUCAGUGCUGACGGUUUUGAUGCUGGACCUGCACCCGGGGACUCGAAUGUUGGACCUCUGCUCCGCACCGGGCGGCAAGGCUGUGACCGCAUUACAAACGCUUAAUUUGGAACGAUUGGUUUGCACUGACGUCUCGGAGUCUCGCCUGGAACGCUUGCGUAGGGUUUUGAUGGGCUUCGCCUGGGGUGUGGGCAGCGGUCGCGAUGGGCUCCCCGAUGUGGAGGUAACUACGGUGUCAGCAUUGCACCGUUUGAAGUAUCGGUCGGGCGAACACUUUUCUCGUGUCCUCGUCGACGUGCCAUGCUCUACCGACCGUGAUGCUCUCACUUCUCCAACCGGAGGUUACUUUGCCCGAGGCAAAGCCUCUGCACGCGUCGGACUGGUGGAGAAACAGAGGGCACUUCUUCGGUAG